AAGAAAUCGUUAUCGCCGCCCAGCUGUUACGUAGCGUGUUUGUUACGUCGUGUUUUUGGGAAAAUUUUCUGUUUUCCUUGCGCACAAAAAACAUAAAUAAUGUCGGUUCCUUUUAGUGGAGCGCUUCGCCGUUCCGGCGGCAUUGUUUCAGCAAUUGGCAAGCAGCUGAAGGGCGUGAAUUUAAAGGGAGUCAAGCGGAUAACUGUGCAGUUUGAUCCAUUUGCGGAGAACGUCAAAUCCACACGGGAAUUCCUGUUCCUGCUCUCCACACCAAAGGUGGCCCUAACGAAUCCCAAGUGCGUGGUCAAAUCGGAAAUCGUGUGCGAUCGCCAGCCAGCCAACAUCAGGUUCGCCCUGAUUGAUUCAGCACAAGAGCAAGCCAAAGUCAAGGAGAUCCGCUUCAACAGCGAAAACCUCGACACACUAGAACUCCUGCAGCUGUGCAACAGACACGUCUCCAGCUUGGCACCUCCCGAGGAGAUCACCAACAAGGUCCUGACCAAGGCGGAGAAACAGAAACUGGGAGGAGGAGCCGGUGGCGGAAAGAAGGCACCCAAGAAGAAAUAG